GCCCGCCGCAUCACUGCUCGCCGUGCGUCUCCAUCGUCCUGCAUCUGCACGGCUACGUCUGCACCUACGCCUGGAGCCCAAACCUUGGGCUUUUCCUCUUCUUCGUCUCUCUGCUCCUCGCCGCUGGUUUUGUUUCCAGCUUCCCACCAUCCCUGAGCUCACGAGACCUGCUACACCUACACUAGUACAGACCGCACGGCGGCCAGUUGCAGCGGCCAUGGCUUCCCACGCUUACUACCCGCCCUCGCGAACACAGACGCCACCGACAACCACCACCUCGCAAGUCACAGUCGUCCAUAACCCUCACCAGCCCCAGGCCCCAACCUUCAGGUCCAGCACAGAACAACAACUCUCCUCCUCGCUUCCCCACGCACCCACACCACCAUCAAUAUUCUCCGAGCAGGAACAGUACGGCCCGCAGCGCAUGCACGGCUCAACACAACACCUUCCGCCCGUUCAGCAUGUCCAGCACCCAAUAACGCCCCGGCCAACUGUACGCUUCAACGCCGCUCAGCUGCCCCUCCCAAUGGCGGCGUUGCAGGACCCUUCCAUGGGCAGAGACUUCAAGGACGACCUCGCUAGAGCUGCCGGGGCCGUGACUCCAGGUGUUGACGAUUCGCCAUAUAUCCAGUAUGCCUUGGAUCUCAUGACGAAGCGGCACGGCGAGCCAGACGAGGGCGACGAAGACGAGUCCGAACUCUCACAAGGCAGCGGUGCCUCGUAUCCGGGCGUGCAUCACAUCGUGCCAAAUGCGACACCCGGUCUCUUCCAGCCAGCCCCAGCCUACAUUCCGCAGGAUGCCGCGGAGGCGAGGAGGCCUGCGGGCGCGCAGCCAACGACUUCUCCUUACAUCCCGCUCACACCUGAGCUGCAACCACUCACACCACUGCCGUAUGCCGCUCAAUAUAGCCCCCAGGAAAUGCGACAACAGUUUCCUCCAGAGUUCAAGACUAUUCCGCUUGAGCAAUACAGCCACAUCCCCGGCAACGUGCCCAACACAAUGGAGGCACACGAGCCUCUACUUGGACGAGACACACCAUUGCCUCGCGAAAUCAGGCGGUGGCAGGCGGUAUCUGACACGUCAGAUCAUGAGAGAGGGUCCCGCGGCGGCAGGUUGACCUACAAGCCUCGAGUGUUGCAGACACCGUCACUGGCGGUCCUUGCAGUCCUCAAUCUCUGCAUGGUGGCUGCCCUCAUGCUCUGUGCCAUCUGGUCGUAUAGCCACGGAGGACUGUCAACUUACAGUGACGACAUUUACAAGGGCGACUACUUUGUGUUCCGUAUCCUGCCUCAACUGCUUGGAGCGAUAGUGCUGAUCUACACGCAAAGCGUCACGACUGUCGCAUUCCGUAUUCAGCCGUUCUCGCGACUGGCAUCUGACGAUACUCGAGUCCGUGAGAAGGCGGUUUUCGAGUCCAUGUAUCUCAAGUCCUUUCUGUUUCCGACGGGCGUCCAGGACUGGAAGAUGGCAGUGGUGGUCGGCAACUCCUGGCUGCUCAACUUGUCGAUUCCGCUCCUUAGCGCGCUGUUCAUUGUGGUUCGGAGAGACGGACGGUGGGCUUGGACUGCGGGACAAGGGGUCGCCUGGACACUGGUUGCGCUUUAUAUCUUGUCGACAAUGUCGACGAUAUUCAUGAUGCUCACUUGGCGACACAUGAAGACGGGCCUGAGAAAGGACUGGGAUCUGCGCUCUCUCGCAGACUUCAUCCUGCUUGCCUCCCAAAGCAACUCGGCAUCCAAGUACCGCAGCACCGAGGUCAUGGCAACACAAGAUCGUAUGAAAGACUGGUUCUGUGGCAAGGACACUGAGCGGCUCGGUUUCUGGGACGCUCCCGAGUCCGCUGGUCCUUGGUAUGGACUCGGAGUUGAGGAAACCAUUGUCGACGAGAAGAUGUCUGUUCGUCUCUGGGCUCGAGGUCAGGGGGAUAGCAUGUCGGUUGCCUCGGGAGCUUCGCGUAUGCCCAUCGCUCAAGUUGUCCGCAGUCGGUACCUGCCUUGGUGCCUGCGCAACGGCCAGAUCAUGUCUGCGGCGGUUGCUGCCAUCGUGCUUGCCGUGGUACUCAUCGCCGUCAGCUCCACGAACACGACGAGCAUCCGCCGUGGCUUCCGUCCUGGAGUUGAGGCUGGUCCCAGCCCUGAGGCAUUCUCUGCGGCAAACUUCCUGUGGACAUUUGUGCCCUCGCUCCUGGGCAUGGUCUUAUUCCUCGUGUUUCAAUCCUACGAUCUCGAGAUGCGCAUCCUCGCUCCUUGGGCCGAGCUCGCCCGCGAGGAUGGCUCCUGUGCGGAAACCUCGCUGCUCCUUGAGUACGCAGCAGCCACGAUGCCAUGGGAGGCUACUUGGCAGGCUGUAAGGAACAAGCAUUGGCGGGUUGCCUUGACUUCGUUCGUGGCUCCCGUAUUUGUUCUGAUCCCAGUGCUCGCAGGCGGGAUGUUCAUCGCUCUGCUGAUCGCGUCCACGGGCGAAGUCCGCAUGUUCCCACAGAUGAUUGCCUUUGGCAUCAUGCUGGGCCUCGUCGCACUGUACGCCGUGGUAAUGGCCAUUCUCGUUCCGAACCGGGCACAAUUUCGCCUGCCCCACGCCGUCACGAGCCUGGCGGAGAUCCUCAGCUUCUGCUCCAACGACGAGAUCCGCAACGACACAGCAUUCGCCGACUUCCCACUGACCGUCGAUGAUGCGGCGGCGGCCGGGUUCGGGCGGAAGCAAGACCUUGCGGCACGGCUGGACGCAGGGCAGGAGUGGCACCGCCAGGGCCGUUGGACGUUCAGCUAUGGCCGCAACAACGACGAGAGGCUGGGAAUCAAGCGCUACUCGCGCUUCACGGUGAACCCGCGCCGGCUGAGGCAGUAUGACCGCCGCACGCGUGGGGAGCUCAUCUCGCAGCCUAUGCAGCAACGGGGCGCGUAUGCUCCUGUACAAUAAUGAUUUGGUAUGAGGCGGAUGUUGUAUGAUGAUGACUACUCGAACGGCUUUUUUACGAAAUCAGCGUUCAGCGAUCUUUGAUGCAUUUCAAACUUUUUACGAUAGACGAGACGAGAUUUCGGGAUCAUGUUUUACGACCCCAUGUAUGGCAUUUUUUUGCGCAGGGAACAUUGGGCGGCGUCUGGGUUCGGGCUGGGAUUAGAUAGCGGGUUUCAAUGAUUGCUAGGCGUUUUAAGGGCCUUCUGGGCCGGGACAAGAUAAUUAGAGUGGGCAUAGACGUCCACACGAUAAUCAAGAAGAUUUGAUUUGCUCUCUCCC